AUGACCGACCAUUCAGUGUGCACCAUUACUUUUGCCUUCAUUACUGCAAUGGCCUGUUUUGUCUGUUCAUUGCCACGGACGUUCAGCGGAGUGUCUAAAAUCGCGACAUUCUCGGCGAUCUUUACAUUCAUCUCGAUUCUGUUGGUGGUGGUCUUCGCUGGUAUCGGCUUUCCGUACACCGGAGGCAAGCCGGUAGAAGACCCGAUCGUGCGCAUCAUUCCCGCUCCUGGCACAAGCUUUGCGGCAGGUCUCGGGGCUUUCUUGAACAUCAGUUUUGUUUUCAUCGGCCAGAUAACGCUUCCUAGCUUCAUUGCGGAAAUGAAAGAGCCCAAGGAUUUCUGGAAAUCUGUCACUGUUGUGACGAUCGCCGAAAUUGUACUCUUCAGCGUAUUUGGCGCUCUUGUCUACGCCUUCACUGGGAGUCAGUACAUACAGGAUAUGGCGUUUAGCUCACUAGGCAACGACCUUUACAUGAAGGUCUCAUUCUCAUUCAUGGUGCCGACUCUUCUAUUUUUAGGAGUAUUGUAUGCAUCCGUCUCCGCUCGCUUCAUCUUCUUCCGGUUAUUUGACGGCACCGAUCAUGUGGGCAAUCAUACCUUUGUGGGCUGGGCUUCGUGGGUUGCAAUCUUGCUAGUGCUCUGGAUUUUGGCAUGGGUCGUCGCAGAGGUUAUUCCGUUUUUCAACAGUCUCCUGUCCAUCAUGGGCUCCGUGUUUGGUUCUUUCUUCGGAUUUAUUUUCUGGGGAGUGGCCGGUCUCCGUCUGUCCCACGCGGACUACGGUUCAGGCUUCUACAAGACGCGGGGAUUUCGUGGUUGGGUGGAUCUUUUCGCCCAUGUUUCUUUGAUCCUCAUUGGCCUUUUCUUUCUUGGACCUGGAACAUAUGUAAGGACCGAUCCUGAUCUCAACCACCCCUUUCGCUAA